GCUGGAGUAACCCAUAUCCUCCGAGUCCAGUUUGAUUCAUUCGUGUGACGCUGCCACUUAUUCAAAAGAACUCGAGAACAGUGUCAUUACUGUUCCACUUCGCUGUGCUACGAGGUCGUCGGGCCUCUAAACGCUUCCCCUCUCAGUGUGGUGUUCUUCUCAGUGUAAAAGUUCCCGAGACACCUCUUGAACCAUCUCCGCAGCAGCAAGAUGGAUAACCAUGUUGUCGGUGUUCUAGGCGGUGGCCAGCUGGGCCGAAUGCUCGUAGAAGCGGCCCAUAGACUGAACAUCAAGGUGGCGGUCCUGGACAGUGAGAAUGCUCCUGCAAAGCAGAUCAAUCUCGUUGCGUCUGACAAACAUGUCACCGGCUCAUUUGCAAAGGCCUCAGAUGUCAAGGAACUGGCGUCAAGAUGCGAUGUGCUCACGUAUGAGAUUGAGCACGUCGAUACCAAGGUGCUAGAGGAACUCGAGGAAGAAAAGCCCUUUCUGGACGGUACCAACUGGUCGAGAAUCCAGCCCAGCUGGAAAACCGUGAGGACGAUUCAGGAUAAAUUCCUGCAGAAACAGCACUUUGCAAAGUUUGGGCUCGCUACGGCUCAGUCAAUUGCUGUGGGGACAUCACAUCCUCAAGGCUUGAAAGAUAUUGCCGACCAGCUGGGAUACCCACUAAUGUUGAAAUCGAGGACUCAGGCAUACGAUGGAAGGGGCAAUUAUCCGGUCAAGUCGGUGUCCGAUAUCGAGCCAGCCCUGAAGGCUCUGGCGGACCGCCCUCUGUAUGCCGAAAAAUGGGCCCAUUUCAAGAUGGAGCUGGCGGUCAUGGUCGUCAAGACGGCCCAAGAAGAUUCCAUCGACUCUUGGGAGUCAACGACCCUGGCAUAUCCCACCGUGGAGACCAUACACGAAGACAGCAUCUGCAAACUGGUCUAUGUACCUCCACGGGACGUUUCAAAGAAAGUGGCUCGGGCUGCACAAGACCUGGCUCGACGAGCCGUGGCCACAUUCCCUGGAACUGGCGUCUUCGGCGUCGAGUUGUUCCUUCUGCAGGACGAUAGCCUGGUCAUCAACGAGAUUGCACCAAGGCCGCACAACUCGGGCCAUUACACUAUCGAAGCGUGCCACAUGUCACAGUACGAGGCCCAGAUCCGGGCCAUCCUGCCCGACCUUGCAUCCACAAUCCGGCCCGGUGCAACUGAUCUAGCUGUGAAUGCGGCCGUCAUGCUGAACAUUCUUGGUGGCCCGCAGCCGGAUUCCCAUUUGCUCGUUGCCAAAGCUGCGCUGGACAUACCCGGUGCGAAGAUCCACUUAUACGGCAAAGGUGACGGCCGCCCUGGCCGCAAGAUGGGUCACAUCACCAUCCUUGGAUCGAGUAUGUCCGAAUGCGAGACCAAGAUACACCCUCUGAUCCAGAUGGUUGAUGCGGUCCGGGCUCACCGAAACGAUUCAGCGCCAGCCUCUGCCGCCUCUAUAGUUGCUACUGCUGCAGACCUGCAGAAUUCAAACCCUCCACCGACCCCUCGGCCAGUCAUUGCAGUUGUGAUGGGCUCAGAUACCGACUUGGCAACCCUCCGCCCAGGCCUCACUAUCCUUGACACGAUGGACAUCCCUUAUGAGGUUCACAUCACUUCGGCCCACCGCACCCCACAGUAUAUGCUCGACUUCGGCAGGGCGGCUGCCCCUCGCGGGAUCAAGGCCAUCAUUGCCGCAGCGGGAGGGGCAGCGCAUCUUCCUGGCAUGAUGGCUUCGGAGACUCCGGUCCCAGUCAUUGGUGUCCCUGUAAAGGCCAGCAGCCUCGACGGACUGGACAGUUUGCUCAGCAUCGUUCAAAUGCCCCGCGGCGUCCCAGUGGCUACGGUGGGCAUUGGCAACAGUACCAACGCUGCUAUCCUGGCGGCACGGAUUGUAGGCACCAGCGAAGCAAAGGUCCAGGAGUGGGUUGCGAACCAUCUACAAAAAAUGGACGACGAGAACAUGGAGAAAGAGCACAGGCUCCAAAGGGAAGGAUGGAAGGUCUACAAGAAACUGGAUUCUUGAUUGUCUGGUGAUGCUCAUAGUUAAGCAAUUACAUGACAGAGACUGGUGUCCUUUUAUGCGGACGUGAUACCCUUCACAGUAAAUUCAACGUCCCGAAACCUUUCCAUUGACUGCUGUGCCUGCCGCGGCGCUGCCUAUGCCUCUACGGGCGUGAUCUGUCUCUGAGUCAGGGUUCUGCUUUAAUGUCGCCAACGUCUCAUCUUGCCAGCGUCCACUCCAUCAUGAUGCUUAGGACUGUGCCGGUCUCGCUGCGCCGUGACACAGGAUUCCAAUCCUGCGACAAGAUAAUUGUGAUAUGUUCCAAC